UAAACUAUCUGUUCGUAAGGCACAGGUACACGUGCAGGACACGUGUAUGUGGUGUGACAGUGUACAGGACGUGAACUGGUACUGUAAUGACUGUCAGGAGGCUUUGUGUGACCGCUGUAAGGAAGGUCAUAAACGAGGAAAGAAGACAAGGAAUGACGACGUCGUACCGAUAAAGCAGGCAAACAAAACCGGCCAGGCGGUACUACCAGAGGUAUGUAAGAUACACCCCGGUAAAACAUGCCAACUGUUCUGUACAGAGUGUAACGUCGCCAUCUGUUCAAUGUGUUUUACAACGAACCACGAACAGCACGCAUUCAAACAUUUCGAAGACGGAAUUACCACCCAGAAACAUUAUAUGCGUGAGCAUUUGGAAACGUUGAAAUCUAAGUUAGUUCAAUUCAAUGAAAAGUUAUCAAACCGUCAGAAAAAGAGCACAACAUUCAAAGAAAGAGUCGAUAUUAUCUGUAAAGAUGUCAAAGAGCAAGGAACAAAGCUGAAGGCAGAAAUAGAUUCUAUAGUGGACAAUGUCCUAGCUGAAUUAUCAUCACUGGUUGCUGAAGAAGACAAACUCCUUCAACAGGAUUGUGAGCAUGAUGAUAAAAGUGUUAAACAAAUAAAGCAGCUGAUCGAAGAAGUGGAGCAGCAGUCGGAAAUCCCAUCAAGUGGAACUUUGUUUGAGCUGACGGGGAGACUUAGGACCACUAUACCGCUUUAUGACGUUACUGGUACUAGUAUACAACCACGUCCACUAAGCUUUGAAACCGGCCAAAUUAAUACAGACCAGUUGAAAAAUAUGAUCGGAUAUGUUCAGACGGGGAGUAAGAAAGAUUCAACGCCAAAGUAUGAGAAGAAGGAAAUAAAUAACCAACAUGUCCGUAAACUUACUACAUUCCAAAUCCCUCCAAACGAAUCCAUAUGUCCAAUAGACGACACCUAUGCAUGGAUAUCAAGGUUUGAGUGUCAGGACCUGCUCCGAGUCAAUAAAGAGGGAAACGUCACAGAGACUGUAAAGCUUGAUUUAACUCUGGAAUACUGAUGAAUCGACAGGAUCAUUCACUAUUGAUACACAAACUGUCAGAGAACAGACGAGUGACGACCUUUGCCGACAUCAGUCUAUUAAAGGCAUAGGGUAUCAAUGUUAGUGACACAGACGAGGUGUUCGUUAAUACUGACACUACGACAAUACUGGUACUGAACAUGUCUGGGGACAAGGUUAGACAACUCUCGUAUGGACAUGAUUGGAACCGUAUAGUAUGUUUGACCCGAGGAAAUGUCGCUGUUACCACUGGAGGUGGUUACUGUACAGAACUGAACAUCGUCAACAAAUCAAGUCAGAUCAUACACACGUGGAGUGGAGAACUGGACAAUGGUCAGAAACUAUCCCAGACGACUCAGAAUAGUAUAGCAUGUGAUAAAUAUGACAUAAUAUUUGUACGAACCUGUUAUACUCAUCAGGUAUACGUCAUCUCACGGGAUGAUAGAAUGGCAAACUGUAUCCUGGAUAAGAAACAUGGAGUACAAUUUCAAUUGGCAGUAGGUGUAGACAGUUAUGGACAUGUUUGGAUCGGCUGUAUUGAUGGUACAGUACAUGUUCUGCAACUCUAAUCAACCAGGAGAUACAGCUGUAGAUAAACUAUUGAUGGCUGGAUACUUCAAUAUUUGUUCCUUAAAGGGACAUCGCGUUAAACCAAUUUUAAUUUUGUAUUUUUCUCAUGUUAUUUGGUAUAUCUUUGAAAA